AUGGAGGGUCAGCAGACAGCUCUGUUUAAAUGCCAGCGAAUUGGCUGUAACGCCAAGUUUUCCGAGGACGACAAUCCCGAAGAAAAACCAAAGAAAAAUGAUCUUGCCAGGCACGGUUGCAAGACAGGUAAACACACAACAGAGAAACCAGUGUUGCCAAAGGCGAAGCCUAAGGCUCCUGUUUCUGCUCCUACCGCUCCCCCUGCAACUGAUGCAUCGUCAAAAGAAUCAUGCUCUAGGUGUCGGCAGGGUUUCUUCUGUUCAGAUCAUGGUUCACAAGCCAAAGAAAUGAAUUCAAAGCCUGUAAAUGUGGCCACAACUCCACUUGCUGAAAGCAUUACAGAUGUUGAAGGCACUUCUGCUCCAUUUAAAAAGAUUGUUGGCAUAAACGAGCCCCAAAUUUGCAAAAAUAAAGGGUGUGGCAAAACUUUUAAAGAGAAGGAUAACCAUGAGGCUGCAUGCAGUUACCAUCCAGGGCCUGCUAUUUUCCACGACCGAGUGAGAGGGUGGAAGUGCUGCGACGUUCAUGUAAAGGAAUUUGAUGAGUUCAUGAGCAUCCCUCCAUGCACUAAGGGGUGGCACAAUGCUGAUCCAGUAUCUUAA